CGACGUACAGAGCCCAAACCUAAACCUAUCCCACUUAUCUUUCACAUACUCAUCUACCGCGGAGACAUGACCGAAGUGUCGCCCCGACGGGCACUUUCUCGGAGACAUUCUCCCUCCUGGUGGCUCCGCCGAGGACGGACAGACAGAUUUUUCUCGGGGCUGGCAGGGGUUGAUUUUUAACUGGAAACCGUUGGUUUAUGCUGCUCCAUCAGGGCUUCCGAUUGGCUUCGGGGUUGCCCUGUGGGAUCCACUCACUCUUCCCCGAUACCUGCGGUUGCCAAUGCACUUUUAUAUAAAAUCCGCAAGGCCCUUAGUUACUUAACACUGAGAUAUUGAUAUCACACUGUACUACUAGUAGGGUACUUGUUCUUUCUCCCGCUAACUCCUCUCUCCUGGCUGCAAACACGAUGUCCUCCUUCACCUACGACGUCUUCCGCGGCUCUGCCGAGGGCAAGAUCGUGCCCGCCCAGACCACCAGCGAGCUGGGCCACGGCGAAGUUUUCAUUGAGACCACCCACUCCGGUCUCUGCGGAACCGACGAGCACUACCUCAAGGCCGACCAGGUGCUGGGUCACGAGGGUGUGGGGAUCGUCAAGGCUGUUGGGCCUGGUGUCACCGACGUCAAGGUUGGCAUGCGCGUGGGUUUCGGAUACACCCACAGCGUCUGCGCCAACUGCGACAACUGCGUGACCGGAUGGGACCAAUACUGCCGCAACCAGAAGCAAUACGGCUUCCACGACCUCCACAACGGCACCUUCAGCUACGGCGCCAUCUGGGACAGCAAGUGCGUCUACCCGAUCCCUGACGGCUACGACUCGAUCCACGCCGCCCCGCUGAUGUGUGCCGGCGCUACUGUCUGGACGGUGCUGUCCGAGUACGGCAUCAAGGCCACCGACCGUGUCGCCGUCAUGGGUGUUGGGGGGUUGGGCCACAUCGCCAUCAAGCUGGCCGCCGCCAUGGGCUGCCACGUGGUGGUGCUGUCCAGCUCCGAGGGCAAGCGCCAGGAGGCGAUGGAGUUCGGCGCCGCCGAGUAUCACGUCUUCAAGUCCGGGGGCCCUGUCCCGGAGGGCUUCAAGCCCGUCAACCACCUGCUGCUGUGCGGUAGUGGUUCCGUUGACUAUCCUUCCCUCAUCCCGCUCAUGGCCACCCACGGCAGCAUCUACCCGCUCACCGUCGCCUUUGAGCCCGCCCGCAUCCCCAUGCUGGACCUCGUCUGGCGCGGUGUCCGCAUCCAGGGCUCCCUCGUCGCCUCGCGCAACAGCAUCCGGACCUUGCUCGAAUUCGCUGCCCGCAAGAAUCUUGUCCCCACUGUCAUGACCUUCCCGUUGACUAAGGAGGGUAUUGAGGAGGCUAUGGAGACGCUCCGCCAGGGCAAGAUGCGCUACCGCGGUGUCCUGGUCAAGCCUUGAGGGGGGGAUGUCUGCAUGAUGAUGAAUGCUUUGCUGUUUAGAUGAUGAUCGCAUGUUGUUGGCGUUGAGGGACAGGCUUGUUUCGAGAUAGACUUGCAUUAUUAGAGCUCCUGGUUCUGGG